AUGGACUGGUUCAACCUGAACGGAAUCAAGUGUGCGUUGGACACCACGUCGAUCCCGAAGAACAUCUCACACUUGGAGGUGGGAACGGACCGGCGACUCUCAGUGGUGGCAAUGUACGUGACCCCCUCGAUGAAGGUUCCAGUGUUCUCCGUGAACCUGACGACCCAAUCCGAGUACCAAAAAGAUGCACAUAUAUCCGUUUACAAGAUCCGACAAGGCAAGCUUCUGAACCCUGAGCAAAAGGCUGACCCUGAGACUUACACCGACUGUUUUCUUGAUUGGGGAAGAAAGAUGGAUAAUAAGGGAAUGAUAUUGAUGCAAAGGUUUGAGUUAGGCCGAUUAUUGGGUCAGGGCACCUUUGCUAAGGUGUGCUUUGCUAGGAAUACAAGGGCAGGGCAGAGUGUUGCUAUAAAAAUGAUUGAUGAAGAGAAGGUCAACAGGGUGGGGAUGAUUGACCAGAUCAAACGAGAGACAUUUGUAAUGGGAAGAGGCCGAGAUAGGGGCCGAACGGGCGAUAAAUGUAGGUUUUUGUUCGGUCUUGAAAAUUAUGGAUCUGGAUGCGGAUAUCGUUUCGACAAGUCUGUAGGGGCUGAUCCAGGAUCCCCGCGGUAUCGACGAGUCUGUAGGGGACUUGAUAUUGUGGAGAAGAGAAGAGAAAAAGAAAAAUCUUUUGCUACCUUCGUCUACCGCCUCGCUUGGAUCGCGAUCGUCAAGGAGUGGGGCAGCUACUUUGAAGGACUGAUGCUGAAAAUGAGGACUUCACAAAGAAGGCGGCAUGCUUUGUCAGAAAUGAGGACUUCACAAAGAAGGCAGCAUGCUUUGUGGGUGGAAGUUCGUGAGGAGCGUGAGACAUGUCGAUUAGAAUUAGAAAAGAAAAAGAAGGUACUAGCAAGACGCCAAAAGGAGUUGCUAAAACAGGAAGCACAAAAUGAUUACGAGAAGAAAAAAUUUGAAGAUGAAAAGAAACAGUAUGCUGCCAGAGAUGCUAAUCUUCAAGCAGCCAGUAUGGAGCAGAAGAAGACUGAUGAAAAUUUAAUGAAGCUAUGUGAGGAUCAUAAGAGAGAGAAAGAGGGAGCACACAAGAACCAUAAGAAGCUGGAGGACAUGCAGAAUUUGAAGGUAGAGAUAGAGAAGAUGAAAGGAAAAAUACAAAUGAUGGAGAAUAUGGAAGGUGUUGACAUUAGAUACAAAAUGGAGUCCAUGAGGACCCUGCUAGAGGAAAAAGAAACUAGAGAGAAAGAGGAGGCACACUGGAAGGUUCUUGAUAUGCAAAAGACGCUGGAGGACAAGCAGAAUUUGGAGGUAGAGAUAAAGAGGUUGAAAGGAAAAAAACAAAUGAUGGAGUAUAUGGAAGGUGAUGAUGUUAGAGACCAAAUGCAGUCCAUGAGGACCCUGCUAGAGGAAAAAGAAACUGAGCUGGAUGACUUGGAUCAACUGAGUACCACCCUCUUAGCCAAAGAGCGGAUUGCAAAUGAUGAAUUACAAGAGGCCCGAAAAGAAAUGAUAGUUGGUUUUGACGAGUUAUUUAGCAAUCGUGCUCAUAUUAGAGUUAAACGAAUGGGUGAGCUUGAUUUGAAGGCCUUCAAAGAGGAAUGCAAGAAAAAGUAUCCUGAGGAUUAUGAAAUCAAAGCAGCGGAAAUAGCCUCUUCAUGGGAUGUUUUAUUGCGAGAUCCAAGUUGGUUCCCCUUCAAAGUGGUCCAAGAGGGAGACAGUUGUAAGACGACGAAAAGUUAAAAGAGCUGAAAGCCGAAUGGGGUGAAGGCAUAUAUGAAGCCGUGGUGACUGCCCUUAAGGAGCUUAAUGAAUACAAUGCAAGUGGAAGGUAUCCUGUUAAAGAACUUUGGAACUUCAAAGCUGGAAGAAAAGCCAGCUUGAAGGAGGCCGCCCAGCACCUCAUCAAGUCCUGCAAGUUGCGUAAGCGCAAGAGAUGAGAGUGCUUAAUGGAACUUGCUUAUUUGUAUAUGUCAGGACAAUCCUGGUGAUCUUGUGGAAUGUGACUGCCUGACUGGAACGUAAUGUUGAACAAGUCGAAAGAAGCGACAACCUUUAAGACGGACACAAGUAGGAAUAACAGUAGGAAGCAGUCAUGUUCUUUUGAGAAGUAAUAAACAUGCUUUGCCGUUUACAUUUUAAUUGUCCUGCCGUCUUUACUUCUAUUAUAUUUUUUCUUUCUCGGAAGAAAGAACAGUAAGAUGCAUUCGGCAUCUUUGAAUGAAUUGAAUUGAGGUGCUUAUCAAUGUGGAUGCGGUUGAUUGUUUUA